AUGAACCAGCAGCCGUCGCUCACGUCGUACGUCGCCUCCGGAUCUAACCCAAAGACCGACUGCCUGUUCUUCCCGUUCGGCGGACGCGUCGCCUCCGUCAAAUACCACCACGGCACAACCGCAGACACCACGGAGAGGAUAGGAGCCGGGACGGUAUACCGAGCGCCGCGCUCGCAAAUGCUGAAUGUAUCUCACUUGGACGCGGCACUUAAGGCGUAUUCCAGUCGUAUGAGCUUCCAAGUAUUCGCUCGCAAGCAGCAACAGCAGCUGGAACAAGUCUGGAAGUCGCCAGUGACCCGAAGCGCCAUCAUGUGA